AUGACCAACAUCAAAGCGCUAUGCUAUGAUCCCUGCGGUGAACUGAAAGUGAAGCUUGAUUUCGAUAACGAUUUCAAAAGUCUUCAGAGUAGACCAAAACAAAUCGCUGUGACUUCAAACAACCCUAGCCUUUACAGCGAUAGAUUGGAAAUAACACAGACUAAAUGGAAGCAUCUACAAUACUUGAAGAGCGUUAUUUCCAAAGAUUGCCAUACAUUUUAUGACCUUCUUCCAUACAAAAAAGAUAAAACUGCCGAAAACACUACUGAGUCCGAUGCUUUGGAUGGAAAACAAAAAACGAAGAAAUGCAAGAAAUGA